AGUUUGAUAGAAUAACACGUUGUGUGGGAUAUAAUUGGAAUCGGUGAACUGCGACAAUUGGUACCAAUCGCCCAGUCCUCUCGCACCAGCUGGCCUGCCAACGAAACACCUACGAAACACCAUGCAUCGUGGACCACAAACGACGUUGAUUUUUCAAGUCAAACGCUAUUUGAAUCCCAGAUGUUACUCAAAUCGACCAUGUUGAAUUCAGAAUAGGCACUAUCCUUGACAACGGUCGAAUUCAUGCUCUUGACUCGUACCAUCACCUCCGUAACACCUCGCAGAUUCAUCCCGGUAGCAUCUUCUUCUUCUUUUUGCCUCCCUUCAUCACCUUUGAUCUACAGUAGCUUCUCUCCAUCAUUCAUGUCCUCAGUCUCCGUUACAGAAUCAACGGAUUGCCUUCAAGUCCAAGGACAUGUCCAAUAUAAUACCCCAGAUCAUAUCACCCCAUCAAAUGUCCACACAUCUCCCCUAGAGCAAUUUCAUAUCUGGUUCAACCAAGCCCGUGAAGCCAAUGUCCGUGAACCAGAUGCCAUGUCCCUCUCCACAGCAACAGCAUCGGGUAUACCUUCUUCACGCAUGGUGCUCUUCAAGCAGCUAGACAAGCGGGGCUUUGUUUUCUAUACUAACUAUACUUCUCGCAAGUCUCGAGAACUGGAAGAGAACCCUCAAGCUGCCCUGCUUUUCUUUUGGCGUGAGAUGUCUAGGCAGGUGAGGGUGCUUGGCAGGGUUGAGAAACUGUCGAAAGAGGAGAGCGAAGAGUACUUCAAAUCUCGCCCUGUCGGCACUCGUUUGGGUGCGUGGGCAAGCCAUCAGAGCAACGUGAUUGGGGAAGAUUACCUGGCCAACCGAUUGGCGGAGGUUCAAGAAAGAUUUGGAGUGCAGGCAUCUGACAGAGAAGGCGAUGUCCCAUUACCUGAUUUCUGGGGUGGAUGGAGGGUAAUCCCCAGCGAAGUCGAAUUUUGGCUUGGAAAGCCUUCACGGCUUCAUGACCGUGUGCGAUAUCUUCGCGUAGAGAGUUCGCCCGAUGACCAACCACGGUGGACGAUAGAUAGAUUGUCCCCGUAAUCUCCAA